ACCAUAGUCGGUUAGCUUGAAUCCCACCUAUUUGUUUUAUGUUCAGUCCUAUCCUCUCUCUCAGGAAUAUGUCUACGUGGUAGUGCUGUCCCCAGGUGCGUCUCGCAAAGAAAAACAAUGAGUCGCUUUCUGAACGCGCUGCGCAGCUGGUUGUUGAUGGUGUCCCUCAUCGCGAUGGGGAACACCGUGCAGAGCUUCAGGGACCACAGUUUUCUGUCCGAGAAGCUCUACACAGGCACCCCGGAGUUUGUGAAUGGUCUCCAAGCUCGGACAUUUGGCAUUUGGACGAUGCUGUCGUCGAUCAUUCGCUGUUCCUGUGCCAUUGACAUCCAGAACAAAACGCUGUAUCACGUCACCUUAUGGACAUUUGUGCUGGCGUUGGGCCACUUCCUGUCUGAAGCCUUCAUUUACAAAACUGCUCCCCUGACUAUCGGGGUCAUGGCACCUCUCAUUGUGGCAAGUUUCUCCAUCAUAGGAAUGCUGAUUGGAUUCCAGUGCGUCCCAGAAUCACAACAGGAUGUCGGAGCAAGACAAAAGAAGCGUAACUGAAUUGUGGCCAGUAUUCAUGGGAACUAUUGACCAAAAAGAUGCCUUUGUUUCAGAUUCAUUUAAUAAAUGGAACCUCCGCUUUAUCCAAUCAUAGCGGAUGGUGGUGUGUGUUUA